CGACGACAGGUGCGGUAGACUGUCAAUGAAGCAUCGCGUAAGUGAAGUGAGUCGAAGGCGUGCCAUAAAAACUGCGUUAAAAUCGUGUUUCAGCUCACAUGCCUGUAAGGCUGCACAGAGGCGGUACGUGUGCUUUAAAAAAAUUUAAUCUCUCGCUUGAUUCCUCAUACGUGGCGGUGUUACGCGUACUGACAACAACUUGAUAACAUGUGCGGAAUAUUUGCAUACCUCAACUAUCUGACGCCAAAGAGCAGAAGAGAAAUUCUGGAGUUGCUCGUUGGUGGACUGAAAAGGCUCGAAUACCGUGGAUAUGAUUCAGCAGGUGUUGCGCUCGACUCCCCCGAUGGGAAGGAUAUCUCCAUCAUUAAAAAACAGGGGAAGGUUCAGUUACUGGAGGAUGAGAUCAUGAAUCGCGACAACCUCGACUUUGACGGUACGACACAGACUCACGUAGGAAUCGCUCACACGCGUUGGGCGACUCAUGGAGUUCCUUCGGAAGUCAACUCUCAUCCGCAACGUUCCGAUACCGAACAUUCUUUCGUCGUUGUUCACAAUGGUAUCGUCACCAACUACAAAGAAGUGAAGACUCUGCUUCAGCACAGAGGUUACUUAUUCGAGAGUGAAACUGACACAGAAAUAAUUGCCAAACUAGUUCACCAUUUGUGGACGCAGCAUCCGAACUAUUCCUUCCGCGAACUAGUUGAGCAAGUCGUUCAACAAUUGGAGGGUGCAUUCGCUCUGUGCUUCAAGAGCAAACAUUUCCCCGAUGAGUGCGUAGCCACCAGAAGAGGAUCUCCGCUUCUGGUCGGUAUCAAGACUAAAACUCGACUUGCUACCGAUCACGUACCGAUUCUCUAUGGAAAAGACCAUCGCCCCCAUGGACGAGGCUCGGACUUGCCAAUCAUUCCCCGAAGCGACAGUACUUCGGAAUUUCAACCUCUCGAGGAUAAGGAAGUCGAAUACUUUUUUGCCUCUGACGCUAGUGCCGUCAUUGAACACACGAACAGAGUUAUCUUCCUCGAGGACGAUGACGUCGCCGCCGUGAAAGACGGUGCUUUGAGCAUCCACCGUCUGCGUCGUUUAAUGGACGAUCCUCACGCGCGAGAGAUCUGUACUUUAAAAAUGGAAAUUCAGCAGAUCAUGAAAGGAAAUUACUCGUACUUCAUGCAAAAAGAAAUCUUCGAACAGCCCGAAUCGGUAGUCAAUACGAUGAGAGGUCGUUUGAAUUUCCGUGACAAUUCCGUUACUCUCGGUGGUAUCAAAGAUUAUAUCCCAGAAAUUAAAAGAUGUAGACGACUUAUGCUGAUCGGUUGUGGUACGAGUUAUCAUUCCGCGGUAGCAACUCGCCAACUAUUAGAAGAACUUACGGAACUGCCGGUUAUGGUUGAACUUGCGUCGGACUUUUUGGACAGAAAUACACCGGUCUUCAGAGACGACGUCUGCUUCUUUAUUUCGCAGUCCGGUAUGGAUAGAAUUUCAAUCAAAUUCGUCGCGAACGUGAUUAUAAAAUUAAAAUUAAACCUGACAAAUUUCAUGAGAUUUUAUUUACCAACAGGUGAGACUGCCGAUACUUUGAUGGCUCUACGUUAUUGCAAAGGUCGGGGUGCUCUGAUAGUCGGUAUAACGAAUACGGUUGGCAGUAGCAUUUGCCGGGAAUCUCAUUGCGGAGUUCACAUCAACGCUGGUCCUGAGAUCGGUGUGGCUAGUACGAAAGCUUAUACGUCACAGUUUAUCUCGUUGGUAAUGUUCGCACUGGUAAUGAGCGAGGACAGAAUCUCCCUCGGCAACAGACGACUAGAGAUCAUCGAAGGGCUUAAGAAUCUAGACAAUCUGAUUCGCGAAGUACUGAAACUAGACGACAAAGUCAAGGAAUUGGCAAAGUCCUUGUUCCAACAUAAAUCUCUCUUGAUCAUGGGACGUGGCUACAAUUUCGCCACCUGCAUGGAAGGCGCUCUCAAAGUCAAAGAAUUGACUUACAUGCACAGCGAGGGAAUUAUGGCUGGUGAAUUGAAACAUGGACCUCUAGCUCUGGUUGACGAUUCCAUGCCAGUCAUCAUGAUCGUUAUGAGGGACCCGGUUUACGUAAAAUGCAUGAAUGCACUGCAGCAAGUAACGGCUCGAGAAGGUAGACCAAUAGUGAUCUGCGAGGAGGGAGAUAACGAAACAAUAUCUCUUGCCGAUCGUGUACUCGAGGUACCAAAGACGGUCGAUUGUCUCCAAGGAAUAUUGACCGUAAUUCCAAUGCAGCUUUUGUCAUUCCACAUCGCCGUUCUGCGUGGUUGCAACGUAGACUGUCCAAGAAAUUUGGCAAAGUCUGUGACCGUAGAAUAGAUCUCCAAUCUCCAUGAAUUCGAACGGAAAUAAAUUCCAUGGUGAAUGAGAUAGCCAAUAAAAUGCAUAUUAGCAUGGCUGGAAAAUGGCGUUUUUGCCUGAUAGUAAUAAGCAAAAUAAAACAGCUAGCUCAGCAGCUUAUAUACAUCUGUACUAUCUAAAACCGGUAUCAUAAAGAUGAUAUUAUAAGCUCGUACAUUGGGCGGUGUGAGUUUGCGUACACCUAAUAAUGUUAUAUAGGUACGGGCAAACUUUGAUAAACGGAGUAUUUUAUGAUAAAAUUAUUAAUUUCGAUCAAUAUAAUUUUUACAGUCGGUUUCGAAUUUCUCGAAAGUUCAAUCGGACGCUACGUUAACUUGUGUUCGGAUGAUACGAGGCAGAAAAAAUACGUGUUAAAUUGUGAUUACUAUUUGAUAAUAGAAAAGAAUAGGAGAAGAGGGCAAAUGAACAUAUAGUAUAGGUAGACCGACGUUAUCGAACGUACGUACAUUGAUCUAAAAUUUUUCAAAGUUCUUGAAAAUGUUUUUGUUUUUUUUUUUUCUUUUCUAGAAAAAACUUGUACCAUUCUUGUUCCUAAUCUAUCCCAAAAUAAUUUGAUGUAAAAUUAUUUAAAAAAUUAUACACAUUAUUUACACAUAUGAUACAUGCAUUUGAUCACCAUUUAUAUCGAUAUGUGUACAGUACACACUGUUUCGAUGAUGAAAUUAUAUUAAACUAUGCAAUGCAUUUUUUUUCUUGUUAUAUAAAUUGAUAAUGUGAUGAUAUUUGUUGUAAUUUGAUAACGUUUAAAAUUAAUAUGGGGGAAUAUUGACAUUUAGAGCGUUUAUAUAAGUAUAAUUAAUUUAUUUUUACGUGAAAUUUUAGAGAUUUCAUUUGUACUCUACGUACAUAAUUUUAGGUAACUCAAAACCCAUUAAAAAAUGAAUUUCACCCGUUCAAAAAUUUCUGAUCAAUCGAGACACUGGAUGCUGCUAAUUUCUCCAAAUGUAACGGUAUCUUUUUAUAAAGCGAUGAUAGAAUUUUUAAAUACAUACAAUAUUUGUUGCCUUGCA